AUGUGGAGAACAUUGCUGUCCCUGCUGCUGCUACCGACUCUGCCCCGAAGGGCCCUUUGUGUCCAGGAAACUUCCGACGGCCCUCGGAGCCUCCACAUGCUCCAGAUCUCCUACUUCCCGGACCCGGGCCGCGUGAGGUACCAGGGCAACGCGUCGCUGGGCGGGCAGCUGACGCACGUGCUGGAAGGCUGGGACUCCAACGUCACGGUUCUCCAGCUGCACCCCCUGCAGGAGCCCCAGCGCUGGGAGCGCACGGAGGAGAGCGUGCGGCUCUACCUGAGCAACUUCCACAACCUGGUGCGGCUGGUACACCAGGAGCGGGGCGUGGCCUUUCCUCUGACCAUCCGCUGCUUCCUGGGCUGUGAGCUGCCUCCUGAGGGCUCUCGAGCCCAUACCUUCUUUGAAGUGGCUCUGAAUGGGAGCUCUUUCGUGAGUUUCCAACCAGAGGUUGUGUAUUGGGAGGCAGGGCCACAGGUCACCUCUGCAGUGGCCAUCUACACCCUGCGUCAGCUCAACGCCUACAACCAGACUCGGUAUGAGCUGCAGGAUUUCCUGCAGAACACCUGUGUGCAGUACGUGAAAGAGCACCUCCCUACGAAAUCCUUGAAAGAGAGCCAAGCACGCCGCUCCUACACGUCGCUGGUCCUGGGCAUCCUGCUGGGCACUUUCAUCAUCUGUGGUGUGGCUGUCGGCCUCUUCCUGUGCACGGGCGGACGGCUGUGUUAA